AUGGAUUGCAUCUCCUUCUGCCUUAUCUGCAGUGAACGUGAACGGGUGGCCCUCUCGUCUGCAGACUCGCUUCCAGAAAUCUUCGAUCUUGGUGACUCCAAUCCCCUCCACCCCCCAUUGGACCACAGUGACCGCAAUCCCCUCUUUCCCCUAUUGGACCGGGGCGACUCCAAUCCCCUCUACCCCCCAUUGGACCACAGUGACCGCAAUCCCCUCUUCCCCCUAUUUGACCGCAGUGACUCCAAUCCCCUCUACCCCCUAUUGGACCACAGUGACCCAAAUCCCCUCUUCCCCCUAUUGGACCACAUUGACUCCAAUCCCCUCCACCCCCAAUUGGACCGAAGUGACUCAAAACCACUCUUCUCCCUAUUGGACCACAGUGACCCCAAUCCCCUCUACCCCCCAUUGGACCGCAGUGACUCCAAUCCCCUCUACCCCCUAUUGGACCACAGUGACUCCAAUCCUCUCUACCACCUAUUGCAUCACAGUGACCCCAAUCCCCUCUACCCCCCAUUGGACCGCAGUGACUCCAAUCUCCUCUUCCCCCUAUUGGACCACAGUGACCCCAAUCCCCUCUUCCCCCCAUUUGACCGCAGUGACUCCAAUCCUCUCUUCCCCCUAUUGGACCGCAGUGACCCAAAUACCCUCUUCCCCCUAUUGGACCACAGUGACACCCUCUCCCCACUACCAUCCUACUGGGCCUCAGGGACUCUCUCUCCCCACUACCACCCUACUGGACCUCUGGGACUCCAUCUCCCCACUACAAUCCUACUGGAACAAAGUGACACCCUCUCCCCACUACCACCCAACUGGACCCCCAGGGACUCCCUCUCCCCACUACCACCCUACUGGACCUCUGGGACUCCAUCUCCCCUCUACCCCCUAUUGGACCACAGUGACCCAAAUCCCCUCUUCCCCCUAUUGGACCACAUUGACUCCAAUCCCCUCCACCCCCAAUUGGACCGAAGUGACUCAAAACCCCUCUUCUCCCUAUUGGACCACAGUGACCCCAAUCCCCUCUACCCCCCAUUGGACCGCAGUGACUCCAAUCCCCUCUACCCCCUAUUGGACCACAGUGACUCCAAUCCUCUCUACCCCCCAUUGGACCGCAGUGACUCCAAUCUCCUCUUCCCCCUAUUGGACCACAGUGACCCCAAUCCCCUCUUCCCCCCAUUUGACCGCAGUGACUCCAAUCCUCUCUUCCCCCUAUUGGACCGCAGUGACCCAAAUACCCUCUUCCCCCUAUUGGACCACAGUGACACCCUCUCCCCACUACCAUCCUACUGGGCCUCAGGGACUCUCUCUCCCCACUACCACCCUACUGGACCUCUGGGACUCCAUCUCCCCACUACAAUCCUACUGGAACAAAGGACCCCCUCUCCCCACUACCUUCCUACUGGACCCCAGGGAGUCCUUCUCCCAAAUACCACCCUACUGGACCACAGGGACCCCCUCUCCCCACUACCAUCCAACUGGACCCCAGGGACUCCCUUUCCCCACUACCACCCUACUGGAUCUCAGGGACUCCCUCUCCCCACUACCAUCCUACUGGACCCCAGGAACCCCCUCUCCCCACUACCACCCUACUGGACCCAAGGAACCCACUCUCCCCACCACCACCCAACUGGACCCCAGGGACCAACUCUCCCCACUACCAUCCUACUGGAUCCCAGGUACCCACUCCCCCCCCACCAUCCUACUGGACCCCUAGGACCCCCUCUCCCCAUCACCAUCCUACUGGACCCCAGGACCCCCUCUCCUCACUACCGUCCUACUGGACCUCAGGGAGUCCCUCUCCCAACUACCAUCCUACUGGACCAUAGGGACCCCCUCUCCCCACUACCAUCCUACUGCACCCCUAGGACCCCCUCUCCCCACUACCACCCUACUGGACCCCAGGGACCCCUCUCCCCACUACCAUCCUACUGGACCCCAGGGACUCCCUUUCCCCACUACCAUCCUACUGGACCCCAGGGACCCCCUCUCCCCACUACCAUCCUACGAGACCCCAGGGACCCCCCUCUCCCCACUACCAUCCUACUGGACCCCAGGGACCCCCUCUCCCCACUACCAUCCUACUGGACCUCAGGGACUCCCUCUCCCCACUACCACCCCACUGGACCCCAGGGACUCCCUCUCCCAACUACCAUCCUACUGGACCCCAGGGACUCCCUCUCCCCACUUCCAUCCUACUGGACCCCAGGGACCCCCUCUCCCCACUACCAUCCUACUAGACCCCAGGGACCCCCUCUCCACACUACCAUCCUACUGGGCCCCAGGGACCCCCUCUCCCCACUACCAUCCUACUGGACCUCAGGGACUCCCUCUCCCCACUACCACCCCACUGGACCUCAGGGACUCCCUCUCUCUACUACCAUCCAACUGGACCCCAGGGACCCCCUCUCCCCAUUACCACCGUACUGGACCCCAGUGACCCCCUCUCCCCACUACCAUCCAACUGGACCCCAGGGACCCCCUCUCCCCAUUACCACCGGACUCCCUUCCCACCACUACCAUCCAAGUGGACCCCAGGGACUCCCUCUCUCCACUACCAUCCAACUGGACCCCAGGGACCCCCUCUCCCCACUACCAUCCUACUGGACCCCAGGGACUCCCUUUCCCCACUACCAUCCUACUGGACCCCAGGGACCCCCUCUCCCAACUACCAUCCUACUGGACCCCAGGGACCCCCUCUCCCCACUACCAUCCUACUGGACCCUUAGGACCCCCUCUCCCCACUAUCACUCUACUGGACCCCAGGGACCCCCUCUCCCCACUACCACCCUACUGGACCCCAGGGACCCCCUCUCCCCACUACCAUCCUACUGGACCCCAGGGACUCCCUCUCUCCACUACCAUCCAACUGGACCCCAGGGACCCCCUCUCCCCACUACCUUCCUACUGGAUCCCAGGGACUCCCUCUCUCCACUACCAUCCGACUGGACCCCAGGGACCCCCUCUCCCCAUUACCACCGUACUGGACCCCAGGGACCCCCUCUCCCCACUACCUUCGUACUGGACCCCAGGGACUCCCUUCCCACCACUACCAUCCAACUGGACCCCAGGGACCCCCUCUCCCCACUAACAUCCUACUGUACCCCAGGGACUCCCUCUCUCCACUACCAUCCAACUGGACCCCAGGGACCCCCUCUCCCCACUACCUUCGUACUGGACCCCAGGGACUCCCUUCCCACCACUACCAUCCAACUGGACCCCAGGGACCCCCUCUCCCCACUACCAUCCUACUGGACCUCAGGGACUCCCUCUCUCCCCUACUAUCCAACUGGACCCCAGGGACCCCCUCCCCCCACUACCACCCAACUGGACCCCAGGGAGUCCCUCUCCCCACUACCACCCAACUGGACCCCAGGGACGGACCAAAGGAGCCAAGGUGAUCCUCGUUGGUUGCCGCUGGCGGAGAAAGAUCAGCCUUCAUCUGUGGUAUGUGUCCAUGGCUCUUGGGAAACGAACAUCACCAAAACUUUGAGCGCGUCUGUCAAAGGCCUCAAGCCUGCAUCAAGAGGACAAUCGAUGAUCGGACCUGACGGUAUACACGGUCAAGCGAUGAUCGGACCUGACGGUAUACACGGUCAAGCGAUGAUCGGACCUGACGGUAUACUCGGUCAAGCGAUGAUCGGACCUGACGGUAUACACGGUCAAGCGAUGAUCGGACCUGACGGUAUACUCGGACAGGCGAUGAUCGGACCUGACGGUAUACACGGUCAAGCGAUGAUCGGACCUGACGGUAUACUCGGUCAAGCGAUGAUCGGACCUGACGGUAUACUCGGUCAAGCGAUGAUCAGACCUGACGGUAUACUCGGUCAAGCGAUGAUCUGA